AUCCUCUUUGUAUUAAUCCUACUCUCUUUCCAUUUGUUUCUCUCUCUGCUCUCUCUCUCUCUCUUUCUAAAAUCUCUCAAAUCCAUCAAUACCUUUUCGUGUCAAUCAAUCAGUUUCUCCAUUUAGCGUAAUAUGGAGCAUCAUGUCAAGGGAGGUGGAAGUUACAACCAAAGUGAAGAAGAAUUAAUGGAGCUCCGCCGAGGUCCAUGGACCGUCGAAGAAGACUUCACCCUUAUCAACUAUAUCGCCCACCACGGCGAAGGCCGCUGGAACUCCCUAGCCACCUGCGCCGGUCUAAGGAGAACUGGAAAGAGCUGCAGAUUGAGAUGGCUAAAUUAUUUACACCCCGACGUUCGACGUGGAAAUCUUACACUUGAAGAGCAAGUUAUGAUUCUUGAACUCCAUUCUAGAUGGGGUAAUCGGUGGUCCAAAAUUGCUCAACAUUUGCCUGGUAGAACUGAUAAUGAGAUCAAGAAUUACUGGAGAACACGAGUCCAAAAACAUGCUAAACAGCUCAAAUGUGACGUGAACAGCAAGCAAUUUAAGGACAACUUGCGUUAUCUUUGGAUGCCACGAUUGGUUGAGAGAAUUCAAGCAGGAGCCGCCUCGACUGGGCCGACGGUAGGGACUUUCUCAACCACCACUGCCACUAACAAUCACUCCGGCACCAUCACCGCCGCUAAUUACCAUCUCAACAAAACUAAUCUUGACAUGGGCUCAAGCCGAAUGGUGCUGCCGCAGCCUAACAUGGCUGGCAACUUUAGUGGUGGCGUUCAGAUUAAUCCUAGCAACUACGCGCCGGAAACUUCCUGCAACGCCGCCUCAUCAGACUCAUUUGGAGCACAAGUUUCGCCGGUUUCAGACUUGACAGAUUGUUACAAUUAUCCAGCUAAUCACAACAAUAAUCAAGAUUAUUUUCCACCUAGCGAGCUGUCAUAUCAAGAAUCUUUCAGUCAAGGGUUAGAUUUCAACAACAGCAAUUGGAUGGACGGUGGGGAUUCAUGGGAUUUGGAUGAUGUGUGGAAAUUCUUACAACAGUAAUUUUACAGGAAGUCUGUAAAAUAAUAAACCAAAACUAAUUAAGGGGAAAAUUUUCAUUUGUAGAAAAGAGUCAUCAUCUCAUCAACUAGAAUAUAAUAUAUAUAGUUUUUAGGUAACACAAUAUAAUUUGACAGUCAACUUAAUUUGGAUUUACAUGUCUAGAUUCUUUUGUAAUUUUUACUUUUUAAAUUUUAAUCCAUGGUAAAAGAAAUUUUAACU